UGGUUACUAUAUUUCUCAAUGAAGAAUAACUAAAAUGUAGAAAUGUAGUUUUCUUAACCACGGGAAAAGUGAAACGGCAUUUCCAACGUGAACACUCGCGCUGUCCACGAGCUGAAAAGCUACUCGCUGCAAGUGGAAGAGCAUCUAACAGUAAUGCACUUAGCGGGAUAUAUGUAUACGAGUAUCUGUUUACUUUAUAUCUUUAAAUAUUUGUAAUUGCAAUUAAAACGCUGAAUCGCAUUUGAGAUAACCUUAGGUUUGUUGUGAUGGUAUUUCUCAGUAUGUUUUAAUUGUUAAAAGUUGUUUGAUAACUAUAAUCUGUCAGCAUGGAUACUGAAUCCGUGGGAGACCCUGUUGUCUGCCAAAAUUUUUAUCAGCCGUCAUCAGAGGAUAUAGAGAGCUGGAUGCAAAAAGCUUUUGAUAUGGCUAAAGAGGCUUUAGAGAAGGGCGAAGUACCCGUUGGAUGUCUGAUGGUGUACAACAACCAGAUCUUGGGGAAAGGAAGGAAUGAAGUGAAUGAAACGAAAAAUGCUACCCGCCAUGCAGAGAUGGUUGCCUUGGAUCAGGUGCUGAACUGGUGCCACAAGGCCCAGAGGGACCCCGGGGAGGUGCUACGGCAGACUGUCCUCUAUGUGACGGUGGAGCCAUGCAUUAUGUGUGCCGGAGCCUUGCGAUUAAUGAACAUCCCUCUGGUGGUCUUUGGCUGUAAGAACGAGAGAUUCGGCGGCUGCGGGUCGGUGCUCGACAUCCCCGGGGACGAGCUGCCAAACACCGGAACGGCAUUCAAGUGCAUCUCCGGGUUCAGAGCUGAGGAAGCCGUGGAGAUGCUGAAGGUUUUUUACAAGCAGGAGAACCCUAACGCCCCAAAGCCAAGUGUGAGAAAGGACUGAGAAGACCGGCUAUGGACAAUGCUUUGUUUGACCAGCAGGGGGCUCUAGAUGCUAACCUACUGAGUAGACAGGUUUGGGCAACAUUAUACAGCAGAAUCGGUUCCUUCACAGAAGCUACCUGGAGAGACUGCCUUAUAAUUCAGCACGUACAGGCUGUUUUAGGAUUCAGAACAUCUGUUCUGUGUAAUGCUUCAGGAAACAUUUAAUGUAUGUUUUGGUGAAUUUAAUCAGUUUUGUUUCUAAUGUCUUUUAGUGCAAUCUGUCUGCCAUGCCAGUUAAAAAGGGGAAUAAGUGGAAUAUAUGCAAAUGGCAGCUGCAUGCUAGCUCAGACUCACGUUCACCCCGUAUGUGUGUCUGUCUGUGUGUGUGUCUGUGUAUGUGUGUGUGCACGCGCAUGUUUGCAUGCAUGCCCUGCGAUGGGCUGGAACCCUAGCCAGUGCUCUGCCUCAGGAUAGGUUCAAGGCCCUCCAGGCUUUAAAUUACGAUUCAUCACUCCUUAGAGGAUGAGUAUCCUCACACUUAGCUUAUCACAUCACCGUUUCGCUGUUUUGCCACCGUUGCCCGAUGGCUGUAUGUUAAGUGUAGGAACCCUCUUCUGUGGAGAGGCACGGCGACUCAGGGGUUUGGGCUUCACUGGGUGAAGUUAUAUCCGGUCCUAAUAACAGCUGUGAGCUGCGUGACCUGUGGCCUCCUGGCAGCUAGGGGUCCCCACUGCCACCGAUGGGCCUUCUUUCUAGCGGGCGACUCCAUUCCUGUUGCUGCUCUGUGCUCAUGGGAAAUGGAGGCUUUCCAGGGAGCAUAAGGACACGGAUUGGUGGAAGUGGCUCAGUCUGAGACCCGCAGCCAGGGCUGCCAUAGUACAACAUCCAGCUGUUUUCUAAGUCUAAUGUCUAAAUAGAUUCUAAGCUGUUGUGUUGGAUAAAUAAAUAAAUAAAGCAUAUGUUUAAAAAGUAAACUUGAUGCACUGAAGUAGCAGCUGGAAGCAUCACUAGCAGAGUUUACAAGUUCAUGAUAUCAGGGCGUGUCACAUCCAGGUUGGCUUACUGCUCAUGCUGGGACCCGUGCAAGUUUUGGGGGGAGUUUCUGCGCACUUUUGCAGUACGUGUGGCUCUAUGGCUUAAUGCCUAUGACCGGAAGGUUGCUGGUUCAGAUCCCCUGGCCAGCCGAGUGAUGCCAUUAUUAGGUCCUUGAGCAAGGCCCUUAAUCCUAAUUGCUUCAAGGAUGCUGGAUGCUGGUGGUCCUGUGCUCUGACCCCAAAAAUUGCUCUCACCUGUAUAUUUGUCUCAUGGGCCAUAAUAUGGGAUACAUGAAAACUCCCCAAUUUCCUUACUGAAGACGAAUGAUUCUAUGAUAUUGCGAUUCUAUUAAGAGCCAUACAUGUCAGGGUAGAGGGCAGUUACAUUGCUUGGGUGAGUAACAGGUUUUCAAGCAAAUGACAGCUCAGCUCAUGACGUGGUUCUUGCUUGCGUGGUUCCUCGCUGAAGACCCUUUCCUGCAUUUUCACCUAGUUCAUUGAUUCACAGAUCCAUGGCACUUGCGUGCAUUCAGUCGUCACUCUUUACUAAAAUAAUGCUAAUUCUGGUGAGAGAGCUGGCUAAGCGGAAAGGUUAGUUUUCAGUGGGGUACCUUCCACACGGCCACAUGCUCUCCCAUGCUCGGUACUUUCAUUGGCCUUAAUAAGACUACAAGAGACUUGAGUCUGCUUCCUGUUUGCCGCUCAGAAUUUCCCAGCAGCCUCUGGGUGUGAGCCAGGCCGGUGCAGUGCAGACCGCCAAGCUGAACCCCUCCACAACACCGCGGGGCGUGCCAACCCCACCGAGGCCGGUGGCUUCUGCUGUCUCUGGUUUUCCUGUAAAUCCGGCGGAAUGGCUUGUGUCCGGAAGCCUGCUCCUGCAGCAGCGUCAGCGACUUCCUGACUGCCGCUUUAUGUUUUCCCGCCAGUGACACCCCCUCCCCCCCCCCUUCAUGAUGCCAGCUGUCUGUGACGCAUUGCCCCACCCUCCGUGAAGCCAGUGGUGCGUUGCCAUGCUACGCGGGCCUCCAUGCGCAUGGCGAGGCUGGAAACUGGCAUCAGGAUAGAAAACGGGACUCUAAACUGAACAGCAGUACUGGUUCACCCCGGCCAGAUGAAGAAGGACGCUAUAUGGCAGACUCGCUCAAGGUCCUUGGAUUCGAUUGUAGUAACAGAAAUUCAGAUGUAAGACGAAAGAGAGAAACUUAAAUAAAUGUAACAAACCAACAGCUGUAGUUAUAUUGGUGCUGCUGUGCCGUGAUUCCGACCCCCAGUUGUUGAGCAGGAAUAGACUCCGGAUCCGCUCUGUAGCCGGUGCCAGCCCGGAAUCCGGAAUUCUCUGCUUAUGGGUUCAAUUAAGCCAGUGAGGACAGCCAGCGGCUCGCUUCCACGCUAACGAGCUCCGAAAUGGAUCUCCGGGCCCCAGCCCAAGUGUCGGAUGCGGAAAACAUCUGCCCGCGGCCGCUGGCCUCGCGCCGGCGGUGCCGAAUGCAGGGGUCGCUCCGUCACCCCCGGGACGCUGUGUAGCCCCCGUGCUGCGGCGGACUCAGGCAUGGCGUCUGGGAUGACCAAGAGCCGAGAGAAUGCCACCGCCGCUCCCCUGCCAAGAGUCCCACGUGCCCCCCCCCCCGACAGACACGCGUUCUCUCUUAUAAAAUACACACUCUUCCAUCCUCUCUCAAGGACCCAUUGAAACACAGACAGACUCCCUCGGUUGACUAAUGCAGCCACCACACGCGGCGGCUUCGUUGGGUGUGUGACACGCACACUCACCCCCUCCCCAUUUUGCAGCCCCCAUAAAGAAUUCCCGUCGGCUCCUUUUCCUGUUCGGCUCAUCGGCCAGUUCUUUUCGUUCACUCCUACCCCUGUCCUAACAGCCCCUCUUUCAUCCCUACACCUCCUCAUCCCUCUCUCUCUCUCUCCCUAUCCUACACCCACAUGGUAAAAAUGCUCCCUCUCCUCCCAUCCGCACACGCAUACUUCUGUGUGCCUCUCUACGCUUAGCGUGUCUGGGAGAAUAUUGGGUGGGUGUCAGGUGGGUGAAAAAUGUAUUUAUUUGCCUAGAGCGGCUUUGAGCCGCUCACUGCAGCCACGGCCCGGUUAACCAGAGGUCCUGCAGACUCAGACAGGGUGUGUGGCCGUCUGCGAAGUGAGUAAAGGGGACAGAAGCCAUUUCCUGUGCUGCUGUACCACUUUCGGCAGCCUGGCUGUAGCUGCGCAGCUUUCGUGGUCUGGCUUGCGUAUUUACAUACCUCUGCUCGUUUGCGCGCCCACGGUCUGCGGUGGCCUGUGUGUUUUUGCGAGUUAUCCAGGGUACGUCGCACGCCCAAAGCUCCGGGGGCAGGUGGAUCCGAGGGUGGUGACAUUUCUCUAAUUAGCAUGCAAAUGUAUGCGACCGCAUCCUUCAAAACGGACUCACUUUGCCACCUCCGCGAGGGGUACCUGUGGUGUUAAUGAGAAGUCGACGACGUGUCGUUCUCCAGCUCGCGUGCGGGCGUCCGCGCUCGAACUCGGCGGCGUCACGUGCGAGGGCUGUCGGGGGCGGGCUGCCAAGCGACGAGGUUCAUACUGCGCUGCGUUAAAUAAACACGCCGGUUUUCUCGUUGAGCGCCCGCUGACAGGUACGAGCGCGCGAUCAGCCGAUCAUGUCUUCGGUUUGCAUUUGUUUGGGAAAAAAUAUCCCAUGAGGAUGAGAUGAGAGGCAGCUGGAAAGCGAGCAGGUGACAGGCGGCCUGUCGGCGUGAGAUAUCCCUCCCCAACCUUUAAUUAAACCAGAUAUCUAAUGACAAUGCAGCCGCCACUUUGUGUCUGUGUUACUGCCCCUAAUCUGCUCCGUCAUGCCAGGAGGAGUGUUUUAAUACGUGUAUCUGUGGUUGAAUAAUCCUUGUAUAGGUCACUCAUUAUACAUGCAGUACUGUGCAACAGUCUUAGGCAGUCAAAGAAAGUGAUGUUUAAAUAAUCGUCAAGGUGGGGUAAAACUAUGAUGUCUGUAGAAGUGUGUCAGCUUAGCCAUUUCAAAACCUCUCCUAAAGUCACUCCAGUGUUUGCAGCAGCCAACCAUAAUACCAAUGUAUUCCUUGACUAACGAGCCUUAUGUAUUUGGCUAAUGAAUAAACCAUUGAUUUAA